GGAAGUUAAGUGGAGAACUAACAGGAAGCCGUUUCCCACAUGAGGAAACAGAGUCUUGUUACUGUAAAAGCAGCUGACCUCGUGGCUUCUGUUGGGAAGGAAUGCAUGCAGAGGAGACGGACCGGGAGAUAAACAGGAGCUCAUACAGUAAGAGGAUCACCCUCCAGUGCACAUGCACGAGCCUUCUCUCUCUCUCUCUCUCUCUCUCUCGCUCGCUCCCUCCCUCCCUCGCUCACUUUCUCUCUCACUCGCCCACUUAGUAUCAUUUCAUCUCUCUCUCUCUCUCUCCCCCUCACACACUCUCAGUCGCCGCGCUCUGACGGAUGGGGAUACACUGCCAACGAGGACUUAGGGGUGAGAAGAGUGUGUUUCUUUUCUUCCCGGGCGCGUUUUCCUUCCCUUCCGCCUGGCUUCCCUCAUGAGCCGCUGAGUCCCGAGGAUGAGGAGGAUCUAUUUGUGAGGAAGACACAACAACGGCAGAGGGAACAAGAGGGAGCAACAGGGUGGUGAAUUCUGCGAACGGGAGUGAGCGAGGGAGAUCUUUUUUUUCUCCAGGCUCGAGCAAGGAGCCUUGACUCUCAGCAGCAGCCAUGUGAGAGGAGCUGUCAGCGAGCAGAGGAUGCCCACGUCCAGCUAAAACACAGAAGCCCACCCCCUCUCUCUCUCUCUCUCCCUCCCCUCCUGCUCCCUCCCUCCUUCCCACAUGAGGACAAGAAGAUGACUAUCACCAGCCGGCAGUCCUUCAAUGUCCUGACGGUCAUCUUCCUCCUGCUGUCCACCGCAGCCCUCUCAGCUCAUUACCGAGUGUGUGAACCCUAUUCCGACCACAAAGGGCGUUACCACUUUGGCUUUCACUGCCCGCGCCUCUCAGACAACAAGACCUUCAUGUUCUGCUGUCACCACAACAACACCGCCUUCAAGUACUGCUGCAACGAGACCGAGUUCCAGAUGGUCAUGCAGGUCAACCUCACCACCACCUCAGACGGUUACGCACACAACAAUUAUACAGCCCUGGUUGGCGUGUGGAUAUACGGCUUCUUCGUCAUGGUGCUGCUGGCCCUGGACUUUCUCUACUACUCAGCCAUAAACUACGAGCUGUGUCGGAUCUACCUGGAAAAAUGGGGUCUGGGAGGACGCUGGCUGAAGAAGGCGCGCAGUCAGUGGCACAGGUCCAUGCCAGAGGAGAGUGAAGCCCAGGUCCAAGCCCAGCCCAUGGUCCCCAGCCACUACCAGCCCAGACACAGCCUGCGGGGUGAGAGCCACAGCCCCACGCUCCUGCCCUACAACACAUCCACCGCAUGAAUGAUGCUGCGAGUGGAGAAAAAAACGAAGAGUAGCAACACCUUGUCUCCUUACGUGGUACAGAGGAGACAUCCCACACCCCCCCUCUCUGGACCACAUGUACAACACAACCGGUGGGCUAGCCAUACUGUAGUAGUUACAAGUGACUACUGGCCCUUUCUAAUGAGCACAAAACACCCGUGGACUGACAGAAGCUGGCCUACAUGGUAGAAACUGCUCGACAAAGCCCGCAAGGACACACACACACAGGAAUGUACCGCUGCUGCCACAGCAGAGACCCGUCACAUUCAAACGCUCACAGGGUUUAGUGAUCCCCUAAAAUGGCUGACAGGCCUGGAGUAUACCAAAUCUGAGCUGAACUGGAUGAACUGUACUCGCAAGUGCGGACGCUUGCCUGUUUAAAAAAAAAAAAAGAAGAAGAAAAAAAGAAAAAGAAAGUCACCUUUCUUGGUAUAAAAUGUUUAUUACACUGCUGUGUCCCUUUGUGUUCGGUAGCAGUUAGACACAGUCGUGGGUUAUCUAUUUGGUGAUUUAUUUAUGUGAACUAGUCAGAGAAACAUAUGAGUGGCUAACAUUCUGAACAUGUAACGGCUUAGGUUGAUGCUGAGCAUCUCACUUAGAGUAGAAUGUUUUUGUUACCUCCCGAGACCGGACAAAACAUCUCCGGAGCCAUGUUGAAAGACAAUGUCCCGAUGAAAUGUUUUAGGUCUCCUUUCUAUAUUUUCUGUCUGAUGAGGACUCAACCCGCACAGCUUAACUGCUGUAGGUCUAAGCGUUUAUACGGUUUCUCUUUCCUCAUCCCAAACAUUAAUGGAGAUCAGGGAUGCCUUCACGACUGAGCAGAGCUUUAUGCCAAGUUACACUUAACCUUAAGACUUGGUGACACACCCACCAACCUGUUUAAGCCCCUUAGACAGUGAGUCACAAAUCCUCCAUAACCUCAGCCAAUGACAUGUUCGACCUUCAUCAUGACUGGGGCCGCCUGACCAACAGCUCUGUUAGCAAUACAAUGCAAAUGAACACCAAUUGUUCCUUUAUAAGGAGCAAUCUAUAUCCCAUAUUGGUAAUAAAUAAUUGUAACCAAUUAGCCAUAAUAGAAAAUGUAAAAAACAAACAAAAAAUCAUUAAACCCCCCCUCGCUGUCAGCAAUAAUGUACAGAAGCUUAAUCAGAGGGAUGACACUGUAUGUGAAAUUGCAGCGGGCCAGCCAGAUGAGCACGGGGUAAUUACUGAGGCGCAUCGCAGACGUUUCGGCUCUGGUCUGCGUUUGAGAAGAAGGUUAAGUCAAUGAAAUGGACCUAUAGCAUUUCUGGUUUAUUGAACUCACGCUAAAAGGAUCUCCAAAGAUUUAUGUGUCAGCUUUCUGAGAGGUAGGAAGUUACAUGAAAACUGUUGAUCACUAUUGAUGACUUCGACUGCCAACAGGUGAAGAGCAAGAGUUCAAAUUACUUUAUUCAACCAACAGUUCAACCAAAGGAUUUUGGAUCCAAUAUGUGGCACUUUGGACUGUCAAAUAAAUGAAACUGUAGAAUAGAAUAAAAUAGAAUCAUCUAGGGACACAAUUGAUUAACCUGCUAAUUUUGUUAUCAAUCAAUCAAUCAAUAGCUAGGUCCAUCAUUGUUCAUAUAAGUGCUAUAUAGCGUCUUUCAUUAAUCCAGCCAGUAUUCAGAGAUGUCUCAUUGUCUCAUCUGUAGACAAAGAAAAGCAGCAUAUCUUAAAACUCAGAAGCUGAACUUGUUGGUCAUUAGGGCUUAAAACCAUUCAAAAACAGACUGAUUUAUAGAAUAGCUUCAGCAUGAUUGUUAGUCGGCUGGAAGCUUAACUUUGUUCCAGCUCUACAGCCAAGGAUAAAAAAUGAUUCCCCUCGUGGCCAGCUCUCAUUUAGCUGCCCAGACAUACUCUCCCUGGUAUCCAUAAAAUGCUGCCCUUUCUUUUGGGGGAAAAGCAUCCAAAGUGCCGGUGUGUGAGGACCAGGUAGCCAGAAGGUGGGUACAGUGGGGAGAGGGGGGGGGUCUGGCCCAAUCUUGCAUCUGGAGCUGGUAAUCUGGCAGCUGCCAAGCUUGCGCAGAAUUUGCAUGCACAUGUUGCGUGUCUUCUGAAAGUUAACAGGAAACAGCGCUAAUAGCUCGACGUUGACUAUAAUCAUAGGGAUUAUUGAGCCUUGCCUUCGCAUUCCACCUCUUUGUUUCACGAAGCUUUAAGUGGAACCGAACAGAAUUGUGGUCAAGUGCUGUAAGUGGGGUCUGCCGGUGUCAUCUUUGGUUAUCAGCAAUAAUAUUUAAAUUUGCUGAGUUGUUAGAGCUAGUUAAUUCCCAUUCCAAUAGCUAAAGUUUAAUUGCGUGUGCACCCCCAGCAGAUUUAUGCCGUCGCUUUCAGGGCCGGAGAUACAGGAUGUGUCCAACUAAAAUAAUUGGACCGAAGAUCAGCAGUGGUUCUAAAUUACACUCUCUUGUCCUCUCUCCAGCUGACUUCCUAUUCCCAGAGUACGAACAGCAGCAGCAAACAGGGAGGAGAGAUUCUUAGCAACCGGACAAAGGAAAUUUAAUUAGUCCCCAAUGCUGCAUAAGUGGGAAAAAUCUGAUAUGUUAGAGAACAUGUCGCUGUUCAAGGCUCAGUGCUGUGUGUCUUGACUUGUAAUAAAGAAAAAAAGGUCUGUUUUUAUCGCUAAUAAUGUAAUACAGUAGUCACGGGCAGCAAGUUAAAAAUCUUCAUUUAGCCUCUGACAUACAGUAGCAGGGUCAAACAUGCGAUUCCCUCAAGAGACACAUGAGGAAAUCUUCCCCGUGUUUAUUUAUAAAAAUGUUACAACUCGGUUUUGUGAUGUUUUCUGUUUUGUUGAAAACAGUCUUGACUCUGGCCUGAUGUGAUGUGGUACCGUAAAUCGUAUCGGCUCAACCUUCUUCCCAUAUUUACUAAAAAAAUAAAAAUAAAAAUAAAAUAAAAUAAAUAAAUAAAAGAGAGAAUGGGAAGGAGGAAGCACACAUCUGUUCCAGUCUCUCCAGGUUGUCAUGGUAACAGUUGCCUUACAGUUGAAUACCCACCUGUACACAGAUGCUUUGUAGUGGUUGAUACCUCACGUUUUGGGUGUGGUGGUGGUGAUAAUGAUGAUGAUGACGAUGAUGAUGAUGAUGAUGAUGAUGAUGUGCACCACGUUCUGUCUACGUAUUUACUACUAGAUAGGAUGUUCAGUACCGUUUUCAGUUGGAUUGUUAUUGCACUUGUUGACUUUGUAUUGUCACGACAGGGAGAAAUAAAGUUUUAUCUUUUCCAGUGUG